UGAUCCAAUCAAAUUAAUGACGUGACUGCUACAAUGAAAUUGGUAUCGAUAUUUGUGUUCAUUGCACCGCUAUUUAUAGCCAGGGAUACAUCAGCCCAGAGUUUACUUAACUCAUUAACAUCUGGAGCUCUAGGUCUUAUAAACAAUGACCAACCUGAUGACCCCUGCAGCAUUGAUUAUUCAGAUUUAUUCGCAAACGCAAUUACGGAUUUUACGAAUAGAAUACUAGAGAUAGUUGUGGACUAUGAACAGCAUUUCGUGAUUUCACCGUAUUCUAUGUGGAUGGCUUUAGCGGCGGUCGCUGAAGGCGCUGACGGGACAGGUAAAGAUGAACUGUACGAAGUGCUCGGGCUGCCCAGUGAGUCGUGUGUCCGGGAGGCGUUCUACAGGACGGCAUUGUCGCUAGAGAUACCGGACCCAGGCGUGCAGUUCACAGGAAAGCGUUUGUUAAUCAUCGAUCAGCAUUCUUAUGUGAUCCCAGAUUGGGAAAGAAGUGUUCAUGAAACCGGUCUUCUGGAUUUCGACUUUGAUAAACUGCACCCGGACUCAUCAGAAGAAAGAGACCGCCCGCCUUUCUUCCGCACUCCCGAUAUUGAGGGCAACUCUUUCCUAUUAGACGAAUUGAAUUUUGUGGGAUUAUGGACAACCGGCUUUGCCCCAGCGACAACGUUCACAAAUUUCUAUGACGAAAAUGGACAAAUUGUUGGGCCAGUGGAGUUGAUGACAAUGACCAAGCAAGUGAGGCUUGCGCAGCUGCCGUUAGUGGACGCCAAAGUGUUAGAACUGCCAGUGGGAGUGGCUGGUCGCUACACCAUGCUUAUUGCUAUGGGUGUGAACUCCAUUCCGAUAAAAGAAUUGAUGUCAUUAUUCCAAAGUUCUGUGAUCUUGAAGGUCUUGAACGAGCUGACAUUGAACUUACUACCCAUUAACAUUGCUAUUCCGAGGCUCAUAGUACAGUCGGACUUCAAAGCCAAGUCUAUGCUGCAGGCGGUUGGAGUGAAAUCGAUUUGGUACGAGCCGGAUGCGACAAGGUAUAUAACAGACCCGCCAGCGCUUCCUGAAGACCUAUCGCAGGAGAUAUCCAUUACCCUGGACACCACUGGCCUUAACCCUCCCCCUGCAGACACGCAGGGGAACUUGCUCACCGGCUUACUGCACGCAGCUACAAGCCUGACAGCCAAAACGGCGUCUUUGGUCGGACGAGAAUUCAUAGCCAACAAACCCUUUACCUAUUGCUUGCUGGACGCUAAGACCAAGACAAUCAUAUUCGCCGGAGUUUUUUCUGAUCCUGAUCCUAAAUAAAAUAGUAACAUUACGCCUCUUUUACUUUUAUUAAAAGUAGUGCCGUAGCUAGGGAGGGGCAUUGUGGAGCAAUGCCAUACCUUAAAAUACUAAUGCCCUACCUUAAUCAACUAAAUUUUACAUAAAUACUCAAUCAAAGUAUAUGGAGCAGCGGGUUUUUUUAUUUCACUAUUUGGAAGUUGGUCCCAUGGUAAGAGUUGUUCGGAUUUAUGGGUGGAAUAACCUCUUUCGAGAUUUAAGGGAAUUUCGUUACAAUUCGUAUAUUACCCUAACAAUUAUGUAAGUAUUAACGUUGACAAGUCAAGAAAGCCAAAAAUCGAUUGACCAGAUCAGAUCUGGUAACAUUUUUAAUUCCGCCCUAGUUUUAACCACAGCUUACCUUAAAUUGAAGUUUAGCUACGGCCCUGAUUAAAAGGUUACGACAAAAUGACCUCUCUGUACUUAAUCGUAAGUGUGGGGUCCACAUAGUGUCGACUGUGAGUUCAAGUUUAAAAAUGACUCUAUAUAGUUAUAAUAAUUUCUAUACUUUGAUUUUUAUACUUCAUUUAUUUCCAACUGUAAAUUAACUCUUAAAUAAUAUCACAAAUAAAUACCUUUAUUACGCCAUCUUUCGCUCGUGGCUUCAUUCGAUGUUUCAAAUAUUUUUAGUGUACAACUAUUUCCCAGCCAUACAGACUUUCAAAUUGGAAUAAAAAUGCUAAAAAACAAUACUAAACAAUUUUAACAUUUAACCGCCUAACGCUCAAAUACUGUUCUAAUUGAAUUUUAUAACCAUUAAUUAAAUUUAAAUGAUAAUAAGUUUUAUUAAAAAAAUACAUAAUGUGUUUUACAGUUA